AUGCUGGGAUACCCCAGACUCUGGGAAAUGUACUCAAUGGCAUUUGAGGAUGUGCCUGUGAACUUCACUCAGGAGUGGGCUUUGCUAGAUCCUUCCCAAAAGAAACUCUACAGAGAUGUGAUGUGGAAAACCUUCAGAAACCCGGCUUCUACAAGAAACAAAUGGGAAGACCAGGACAAUGAAGAUCAGUACAGAAAUCAUGAAAGCAAUCUAAGAAACAUGAAAGAAGUCACAGUGGAGAGAAAUCCUAUGAAUGUAAGGAACGUUUCUGCCGUGUCUUCAAUUCAGCUACUUGGGAGAGGCAUGGAGAUGUCUGACCUCACGGCAUGUGGGUAUUUCAGGCUCCGAGGAGCAGACAGACACCUGGGCUUCCCGAAGAAGAUGGAGAAUGAAUCACAAUGA